GUAUUCAUAUAAAAUUCUCUCCGUGGAGAGAGAAAACUUCAGAGAGAGAGAGAGAGAGAGAGAGGGUGAUGGCGGACAAGUACGGAUCAACGCUGCUGUGCGCGCCAGUGAUCGCGAAGACAGCGGAGGAGAUGGCGGGGGAGAUGUCGACGGCGAGGUCUCAGGGCGCCGACGUGGCCGAGCUCAGGAUCGAUCACCUCACCGUCUUUGAACCGAGGAGGGAUCUCGAGCUCCUCAUCAAGAACCGGCCCCUCCCCGUUCUCGUCACCUACAGGCCAAACUGGGAAGGAGGUCAAUAUGAAGGUGAUGACAGAAAGCGGUUUGAAGCACUUCUUUUCGCCAUGGAAUUGGGAGCAGAAUAUGUGGACGUUGAGCUCAAGGUUGCUCAGGAGUUUUUUGACUUCAUAUCAGGAAAGAGGCCAGAGGGUACUAAGAUCAUUAUUUCUUCUCAUAACUAUCAGUUCACUCCAUCUAGUGAGGAUCUUGGCAGUCUUGUUGCGAGUAUACAGGCAGUCGGAGCAGAUAUAGUGAAAAUUGCAACAUUUGCUGUGGACAUUUGUGAUGUGGCACGCAUGUUUCAAGUGAUUGUGCAUUGCCAGGUCCCAAUGAUAGGACUGUGUAUGGGGGAAAGAGGAGUUAUUUCCCGGAUACUUUGCCCUAAAUUUGGUGGAUACCUUACCUUUGGCACACUGGCUUGGGGUAAGGAAUCAGCUCCCGGUCAACCAACUAUGUCAGACUUGGUUGAUGUUUACAGAAUCAAGCAUAUUGGUGCUGAUACAAAAGUAUACGGAUUAAUCGGAAAGCCAUUGGGCCAGAGCAAAAGCCCUAGGUUGCACAAUGCAGUAUUUAAAGAACUUGGUCUCAAUGCGGUUUAUGUGCCAUUUUUAACUGAUAACCUUGCUGAUUUCCUCAAUACCUACUCAUCUCCAGAUUUUGCUGGGUUCAGUAAUACGAUGCCUCACAAGAAGACAGCAGUUACUCUCUGUCAUGAAGUUGAUCCAGUUGCUAAGUCCAUAGGAGCUGUGAAUACUAUAAUUAAGAGACCGAUUGAUGGAAAACUUGUUGGUUACAACACUGACUAUGUUGGUGCAAUUUCCGCUAUUGAGGAUGGAAUUAGAGGAUUAGUGGGGCACAAGGAUGCUGUUUCACCUCUAGCUGGUAGACUUUUCGUGGUCAUAGGUGCUGGAGGUGCUGGAAGGGCACUUGCUUUUGGAGCGAAGUACAAGGGUGCAAGAGUUGUGAUUGCAAACCGUACCUAUGAGCGAGCAAAGGAGCUGGCUAAAUCAGUUGGAGGACAGGCUUUGAGACUUGCUGAGUUGGAAAAUUUUCAUGCAGAAGAAGGUGCUGUCCUUGCAAACGCAACAUCAGUAGGAAUGUAUCCAAAUAUUCAUGAUACACCUCUACCGUCAAAGCAAGCUCUCAGUUCUUAUACUCUGGUCUUUGAUGCUAUUUACAACCCGAAAGUGACCAGACUUAUGCGCGAAGCUGGAGAAUGUGGAGUUGCUCUUGUCAGUGGAGUGGAAAUGUUCUUGAGGCAGGCAAUGGGUCAAUUUGAACUCUUCACCAGUUCCUCGGCUCCUUCUGACUUGAUGAGGGAGAUUGCAUUGAAGAUAACAUAAACCGAUUCUUAAAGGUGGAAUGUAUAAGCUAUUAUACGUUAUGUGGAGAGCGUCAUCUUUAGAAAAAGGAUUGAGUUGAAUAGCUCCCCAUUUUAUUGGAGGUUCAAUAAGUUGUGCGGCUUUAAUGUACACAGAUGUCAAUUCCUUGUAACUUGUAGAAACUAUAGCGUAUAUCAUCAAAAUUUAUUCUUAAUUUCUUUUCUGCAGAACAAGACACUGAAGGUUGACGGUGUAUGUAUUUUAAAAAUUUUAGCUCUGUUUUCAUUAAUUUUGUACCUCUGAGAGUAUAAAAGAAAUUCUGCUUUCAAA